AAAAUGCUAUCAUGCUAGUCUACCUAGUGACUGCUCAUGUAGCGCAAGAGUUUACAUGGACAAACAUCAGACGAGCUACGUGUUUCCAACUUUGUAGAUAGCAAUACAGAAGCUCAAAAUAUCCAUCAAAGGUUUUUUUCUUUUUUUACAUUUAUCCAUACAGUGACGGUGUAUCAGUAAUUAGUCAGGGUCCGUCCGUUCACAUCUCUCUCUCUCUCUCUCUCUCUCUCUCUCUCUCUCUCUCUCUCUCUCUCUCUCUCUCUCUCUCUCUGUCUUUGUUAGCCGUGUCAGAAGUUUCCAUCAGGCUAAAACAAUCAGUAUCUGAUGCCGCCACUAUGUGAAUUCCCCUACUUUGGCUUAAACUGGCAGUCAAAUAUCUCUUGAAGUUAAGGAAAUGUGUUGUUAUGAUUUAUGCCACGUCCCUGCUGCUAAUUUGACUGUCUAUAGUCAGAAAAUCUGUUAAGGAGAGGUUGUUAGUGGGGCUUUUAAAAUUGAACGGAACAGGAAGACCUUUCCAUAACAGGUUUCUCGUUCUGCCAGACCCAUGUAGAUGCUAGUUUAAACCUGCCUCAUCAAUCUGUUUAUCAGAAAUUAGUAGGUUUUGGCAGGUCUUAAACGCGAACGGGAAGAUGUCAGCCACAUGCCUGGACCGAAGCAGCCGGUGGCAAGACAUUCAGAAAGGACUGCAGUUCAUUCAGUCUACCCUGCCUUUUCCUGGUACCCAGGAGCAGUAUGAGUCGUUCAUUCAGAGUUUGGUGAGGAAUCUGUUUGGUGAGGGAAAUGACGUAUACCUUGAAGGCGAAUGGGCGAGAUCUGUUGAAUUAUACACUGAGGCCUUAAACAUUGCCGAGUACGCAGAAUCAGAGGACAUCCGCAUCUCUCAAGGCUUUUGGGAGAAGCUUCAUGCUAAUCGUGCAGCAUCCUACUUAAACAUGGGACUGCACGAUCAAGCCCUGGAAGACUGUGAAAAAGCACUCCAGCUUAAUGAAAGCAACUACAGGGCACUUUACAGGAAAGCACGAUGUCUAAAAGAGAUGGGAAGACAUCAAGAGGCUUACGAGGCUGUUGCUAAAUGCUCCAUGGCAGUGCCUCAGGAUACUCAUGUGAUUGAAAUGACUCAGCAGCUUGCCAAGAUGUUGGGAUUGAAAAUCCGAAAGGCUUAUGUGAGAAGCAAGCCUGCGUUAAACGUUUUGCCUGGCUCCAGUUUAUCAGGAGCUGGUAAUGAUAAGCAUUCUCAAAGCUCUGCCUCCGUGGAGGACAUUGAAAUGGAAAUUGGCCAGUCUAUGCAGAGUAUGGGCGAUCCAUUGCCAGUCAGCAUGCCAGUGUGUGCCACUGGCAGUGAGAAGGACAAGGUUGAGGCUAAGCCUCUUGCCUGUUUAAUCUCACCAUCAGUCAUCCCUGUUGAAACCCAUAAGACAGAGCCUGCUCCCAUGCCUCUGCAUAUGCCCCUGGUUAAUGGAACUAGGCCCAAUGACUCUUACACAACACCAGAGUCUCGCUUGGACUAUGAUACAGAUAUUAUUGGCGAUGAUCUGGAUGAGCUGUUGGACAGAGCAAGUCCUUCGGAGAAUUCUUUGGAUGUUCCUACAGUAGAUGGACCUAUCCCUUUACCAACCAGUAUUGCUGCCAGUAGUUCGAUACCGAGUCCUCUGCUCAUGCCUUCCCACCUGAGCAAUCCAUUUCUGAACAUGACUACACAGUGCACAAUAAAUUUGCCUGCUCCCUACCACAAACCGAUUUCAUCAUAUUCUCUUGGUCUGGACACAUUUUCCUCUCCAUUGGACUCGUUGGAUAGUUUGUCAAUUUCAGAGUCUCAGACAGUUAAUCAUUUUAGCCAGCAUCAUUUCAUGUCGCUGGGCAACAGUGACAUGUCAGUGCCAAGCAUUCCGCCCAUCGGGAUGGGUUUCAGCACAUCCGAUGGGACGUACAUGCAGGAUUAUCCGCCGCAGCUAGAUUUUGCCAAGAAUCCUCUUGCCGAUACCCAUGAUUUCAAACAGGCCUGUUCCUCGUGCUAUAUUAAAACUGAAAAUGGAGUGCUGGAUUACACCUACCAUCCAGAGGACCACAAAUGCAAAAAGGAUUUGCUUUUGGGAAGACUUAAACAUACAGAACUCUCAACAUGGAAGCUUAUUCGUCCCAGACCCACCAAAAACCAAUACAUGGGGCCUUAUUAUAUUUGCAAAGAUGUAGCAAUGGGACAAGAAUGCAGGUACCUAGGACACUGUACCUUUGCUUACUGCCAAGAGGAAAUUGAUGUGUGGACCCUGGAACGCAAAGGCUUCAUCUGCAGGGAAAAUCUGUGCGAUCCUUAUGGAUCGAGGCCUAAGAUCAAUUUGACUGUUCGUAAAAUCCUACUGGAGCACCACGGGAUAUUUAUGUUCCUCUGUGAGGUGUGCUUUGAUCACAAACCCAGAAUAAUCAGCAAAACCAAUAAGGACAACCCCAGUCUAUGCUCUCACCCAGUGACAAAGCAUGCAUUUGAGGAAAAGAAGUGCCUUGUACACAUUUUGAAGGACAAAACCUUUAGGUACUCCAAAGUCCGUCCCUACCACACUCAUUGCCAGAUGGAUCUGUGUAGGCAUGAGGUGCGAUAUGGGUGUCAGAGAGAGGAUUCCUGCUUUUACGCCCACAGCCUCGUUGAGCUCAAAGUGUGGAUGAUGCAGAGUGAACAAGGUAUCACACAUGAAAGUAUCGUUCAAGAGUCCCAGAAAUAUUGGAAUAUGGACGCUGCUACUCAUACCCAGGAGCUCCAUCAAGCCCUGUGCAGAUUUGGCCCACCUAACCUGAAGUUGCAGUUUGUAUGUGCGCAGUGUUGGAGAAACGGUCAAGUCAGUGAGCCAGACAAAAACAAAAAGUACUGCAGUGCCAAGGCUAAGCAUCCUUGGUCUAAAGAAAGACGAGUGGUUCUGGUUAGCUCUGUUGAACGGAAAAAGUGGACAACAGUUCGCCCUCUCCCAACAAAAAAGCCGAUUCCUGCUCAGUUUGAAAUUUGCAUGCAUGUGUCUUCUGGCAAAAAGUGUCAGUACAUUGGAAACUGCACCUUUGCGCACAGCACAGAGGAACGAGAUCUAUGGACCUUCAUGAAGGAUAACAAUACAUUUAAAUAUUUAUUUUUUGCCACAUCAGUUAAGUAAAUUUCUUUUUCCUGUCCUUUUGACUAUAUUUGUAAACAUAUAUCAUAUUGAAUAUCAUAUAUAAUCGCUGCACCAAGUUGUAUUUCAGUAAUCUUCCUUAUAAUAUUUUGACUGCCCCGUUUCUUUUUCUACAUAGAUUAAAGGAUGUAGAGGCAUGAAUAUCAUAUACAGUGCUGUGGAAAGGUAUUUGCCCCCAUCCUGAUUUCUUCUGUUUUUGUGUAUAUCUCAUAAAACAAUGUCAAAACAAAAUCUAACAUAAAACAAAGGCAGUCUGAGUAAACACACACACAAAAAAGGUUUUAAAUGAUAAUGUUAUUUAUUGAAGCAAAAAAGUUACCCAAUACCAACUGGGCCUGUGUGAAAAAGUAUUUGCUAUAGUUACUAAAUCCCCAAAUCUGUGAAACUGCAUUCAUAAUGGGGUUCAGCUGGACUAGACACACCCAGGCCUGAUUACUGCCAGCCCUGUUCAAUCAAAUCAACACCUAAAUAGAACAUUUUCAGCAGCAUGAAGUUGUCUAAAAGGUCUCACCAGUAGCACACUAUGCAAAGAAAUUCCAGAAAUGAUGAUUGAAAUACAUCAGUAUGGGAAGGGUUACAAAGCUAUUUCAAAGGCUCUGGGACUCCAAAGAACCACAGUGAGAGCCAUUAUCUCCAAAUAGAGAAAACUUGGCACAGUAGUGAACCUUCCCAGAAGUGGCCGACCUUCCAAAAUUCCUCCAAGAGCACAGCAACGACUCAUCCAGGAAGUCACAAAAAAGCCAAGGACAGCGUCCAAGGAACUGCAGGCCUCUCUUGCAUCAGUAAAGUUCACUGUUCAUAACUCCACUCUCAGAAAGACACUGGCCAAAAAUGACAUCAAUGGAAGAGCGGCUAACCCAGAAGAACAUUUAGGCUCAUAUGAAUUUUGUCAAAACACACCUUGAUGGUCCUCAAACCUUUUGGGAGAAUGUUCUGUGGACUGAUGAGUCGAAAGUGGAACUGUUUGGAAGACCGUUAUAUCUGGCAUCAAUCAAACACAGAAUUCCACAAAAAGAACAUCAUACCUACGGACAAGCAUGGUGUUGGUAAUGUGAUGGUGUGGGGAUGCUUUACUGCUUCAGGGCCAGCACGACUUGCAAUAAUUGAGGGAAACAUGAAUUCUGCUCUCUACCAGAAAAUCCUAAAGGAGAAUGUCCGGUCAUCAGUCUGUGAGUUGAAGCUCAAGCGCAACUGGAUUAUGCAGCAAGACAAUGAUCCAAAGCAUAGGAGGAAGUCCACCUCUGAAUGGCUCAAAAGAAGAAAAAUUAAAGUUUUGGGGUGGCCUAGUCAAAGUCCUGAUUGAGAUGCUGUGGCAGGACCUUAAAUGGGCUGUUCAUUCUUGAAAACCUUCCAUUGUGGCUGAACUAAAGCAGUUCUGCAAAGAAGAGUGGGCCAAAAUUCCACCACAGUGUUGUGAAAGACUGAUCUCCAGUUAUCGGAAGCGUUUGGUUGCAGUUGUUGCUGAUAAAGGUGGUACAACCAGCUGUUAAGUUUAAGGGGGCAGUUAGUUUUUCCCAUGGGUGAUAUAGGUGUUGGAUAACUUUUUUUUUGCUUUAU